AUGGUGCGCCAUCGUUGCAGAACUAUUUGCGCCGUUGAGUUCGAUUCUCUUCAGAAAGCUCUACUAGAUGCCCAAAGCUGCUCUCUUUCAACUCCGACCGAUGAUUUACACGGCAACGAUUUGUUUGUGAUCACGGCGAUGAGCAAUUUUUGCGGAUAUAAAUAUCCAUUGGAAGUGAUCGAUCAGAUCCAUUUAUGGCGACCAGGCAUCACCUUUACCAGAUUAAACUUAUAG